AGCAGCAGCCUCACUCUGACGGACAGUGACUGUCUGUGGAGUGGGACGUGCUGUGUCUCUGCCCAUUUCUUAUCACAGUCACAUCUACUGACUGACCAGCAAUGAUAAUUACUAACUUUGUUUGUUACACUAACAGCUGAUUUGAUUACUGUUACUCUGUCUUUUACUCAGUCCAAAUCUUCAUUCCAGAUCUUUUCCAGCUCUCCAGACGUGGGCGCUGAUGUGUGUGUGUAGCGGAAUCAUGUGUGUGCUGUGUUACACACAUUAAUGGCAGAUCAUUAGACUGAAAACAAAUACAUUCCAAACAGCUUCCUUAAGACACGCCACACUUUACCACUUAACCUGUGAAUUUACUUCCUGUUGGUGAGGUAGCAGUAGAUGGUUCAAAAACAAUUUGAUGUAUGGUCUCUUAUCACUUAUGCAUAGUCAGUAAUGUUAACUGACUGGAUUGUCCAGUUGUGUUUGUUUGUGUGUGUUGGUUUGCUUUCACUUCUUGGACACUUUCAUUAAGCCUCAUACAGUCUUAUACAUGUAAAUACUUAUCUGGCUUCACUUACAUUCCCCACAGUGUUAAAUUAGGCCCAAGUUCUCCUGUUGUCCAGCUCAAGUUGAAAACUACACGCUGCUCUCAGUAGAGUGUGUGGUUUUCAUUCAAGUCUCAGACUGCCUCUCAAAUGAAUCUGCUUGAUUUAGACCAGUGUGGUUUCAGAGCAGUCAGCAUGCUCAGUAAAACCUCUGCAAAUGCUCCAAAGUGCAGCAGUACAUCUGGUCUUUGUCCAGACAGAGCCAGCUCAUGUCACUCUGCACUGACUCCCUGUUGCUGCUCACAUUAAGUUCUGGUAGCUAAAGCACAGAACCCACCCACCACCUGUCACUCAGGUGUAUGAGCCUUCUUAUUCACUAUGAUCUGCAAAUGGACGAUGACCAGUUAGAAAUAGCUUAUGUUUUAGUGAUGUCAGAAUCUGCAGACCGUCCCUCCUCUGUCUCCUCCAUCUCCUCCAUCUCUCUGCUGGAGGUCAAGGCUGAGACUCAUCUAGUCCUCCAAGCUUUCCUCCAUCGGACCCUUUCUGUCCCCCUGAAAGAUAGGCCUGGUAGAGUAGGAGGUACCUACAGAGACCACAACAAGUACAGCUCCAAGCCACAACCAAAACCAGUGGAUGUGUGUAACUCUCAAACUGAAGAUGAGAAGACGGCAUUCAAAGAUUUCAUAAAGCAGCUGCCUCGCCGGAGCACCUCACGCCGCCCUGCCAAAGAGCCUAAAAGCUCACUGGACAGGGACAGCAAGGCAAAACUGUCACUACCCAGAGACCAGACAGAAGAUGAUAGCAGUUCCUCCUCCUCCUCUUUGUCAGAAGAUGAUGACAGUGAGACGAAACAGCACAAGAAGCUGAAGAAGAUCAGAAAAAAGAUCUCCAAUUUCUUCAGGUUAAAGUUGCAGAGGGAGAAGGAGAAAGAGAAGGAGAGGGAAAAGGAGAAGGAGAAAGAGAAAGAUAGGGAAAAGGAGAAGGAGAAAGAGAAAGAUAGGGAAAAGGAGAAGGAGAAACAGAAGGAGAAGGACAAAGAGAGGUCUGGAUCUCAUCGUAAGAGGCCUAUCCCACUGCCAAUCAACAAAGAACCAGAUGCUCCACCAACCAUUGUAUCUCCCAAUCACCCUCCUGAGUUCUAUGAAGAGGUGGCAGAGAAGCUUGAGAAGAUCGCCCAGAAGUCCACCAGUUUAAAGAAAUCGAGUCCCUCACACAAGCCCUCACAAGCAGUGUAUGAUAAAGAGACAGUGGUGCAGCAGCUCGUUCAGGUGCUCUCUUUGGAGGCAGACUCUAUCAACAAUAAGAUCCAGUCAGACCCCUUCCUGCGGUCCAACUUGGCUCGUCUUUCUUACCCAUCGUUUGCCAAACUUCUAGACGCUUUCAGCAGCAGUCAUGAAUCUGAGGCCCCGGCCCUGCCGCCAACAGCCAGUCCAAUGCUGCAACGCAUGGCUGUCACGAUGGAAGUAUCACGGCGGAUAGUAACAGCCACAGGAGCUGUGCGCAUGCAAGGCUAUGCUGAGUGCUACAUGGAGACCUUUGCCCCUUGGGUCAAGAGCCAAGGAGGAUGGGAGAAUGUGGUCGACUUGGAGGAGCCUGUAGAGUAUGACUAAGUUCUCAGAACCACCACCUAACCGCUGGUCAACACUGAAGUCUAGGUGCUGAAGAGAUGGAUGAACCUCUGCUUUCCUAGAGUUUCAUCUGGACUGUGACAAGAGCAGAUUUGAGAGACCUCUUUGAUUUCUGUUGAUCUGGGAUCAGUAAGCACAGGUUGCUGAUUUUACCAAGUCGGAAGAAGAAGCUGUUUGUCGUCGCUGAUGAGUGUCAAUUCUUUUAUUAUUUAUUUAAAAGACCUGUCAAUCAGCAGGCUGUAAUGGUAUUUUGAGUUUUGGUAGUGGGCUCUAUACAUUUGGAUCAAAGAACAAGCUUUUCAGACAGACAUUUUAUUCUGUGAUUAACUGAGAUGACAACUUGUCACAGCUGCACUUUCCCUUGUUUCAGGUCCCUGUAGAAGUGAGUGUCAGUAUUCUGAACAGACAGGAUGAAGCCGUGUGUUGCACUGAAGUGACACUUGAUUCGAGACUUCCUGAAACAAGUGGAUUUAUAGAUUGAGUUGAUGAUUGUCUGUAGAUUCAUCGCUGCCACAAACUCCUCAUAUCAUCAUCUGACACUGUGUUUGUAUUGAUUCAAAGGUGCCAUUUUAAAGGUACAGAUAAGCCAAAUGUUAGCUUUAUCAAAACUCAAAUCACCUGAUGAAAACAGUCUGUCAGGUUCACCGAUGCACAGACCAACUGUAACACCAGGAUGUUGGUGUUUUCAGUCCUCGUCUCUGUUGUUUACAUUGGUAAUGUCUGAAAAUAAGUGAAGUCAAAUAUUGUGAACUCAUGUGGAUUUUAUAUUGUGCAAAAAAUGUUUUACAUAUAUUUUAUAUUUGCUGUCAGUCAGAGUCUCGCCACCAUGCUACUCAGAUGCAGUCAGUACAGAGGAGUGGGUGCAGGAAUAUGAUGCAAUAGACAUGAGGCAUGGACGCAUCUCUAAACCACAAUACACCUGAACACUCUGCAUUCAACGAUGGAUAAAUGGGAAACUGUUCUUUGUCCAUUUUAUUUUUAUCAUUUCACUGCAGAAUUAAUUCAUCAGUGCAAUAACUAUUUAUUGACAGCACAUGAGAAACAAUCAUCUGUCAGAAUGACUGGGGCCCGAAGGGAAACGAGAGGAAACUGUGCUUUGGUUUUUAUCAAAGACAUGACCAGUCCCAAGACGUCUGUUUGUAAUGAACUGAGUGAAAUGACCCUUUCAUAGAGCCAUGAUUUAAGUCUUACCUGGUUGCUCUGUUGACCUAUUGAACGACCUCUCCAUGAUCAGCCUUGAUCUGUAAGGCAGUUCUAGCACAUGUGACCUCCUGAACACAGGCUGCUGUAAAGCCAUUUAUCAUGGUGUUCCACUGUAAACAAUAUACUCAUGACCUGAGUGUGCUGACAUGCACUUUUAUUGUGUAUUUACAAGUUAUUUAUUAUGAGGGCAUUUUACAUGCUGUUGUCAUGAGACACUAUGGUCUUCACUGUAAGUUUUUAAUAAUUUUAUUACUUUAUCAUGAAGUGAACUAAUGCACACACACACAGGAUAUAAGGAAAAGGUUGAUUUCUCUGAGGUAUAUCAUGUCUUUGUAAUUAAUGUGUAUGUUUUUUGGAGAUUUUAUAAGGUCUGUAAAACUUUUUUUCUUCUUUUUUAUAUAAAAAUAUCUUCAAAAUGUC